UGCUGUCAAUGUUACUGUCAAAUUGAAUAAGUUACGAUUUGUAUUUACUUGCUUUUAAGUAAUAAAACAUGAAAAAUAACUUAUAAAUAAAUCCCUUAACAUGUCAGAAGAAAAAGCGGACGUCGCUCCGCCUAUAAAACGUUACAGGCGCGAUGAAAAAUCUUCAGAGUCUGAGGAAGAAAUUGAUAAUUAUGAACCUUAUGUUCCGGUAAAAGAACGUAAGAAACAGAAACUAUUAAAGCUUGGCCGGCUCGGACAAGUCGCUGCUGAAGCCGCGGCGGAAACUAAGAGCUCUAGUGACAAUGAUUUGGAUGAUGAAGCAUCUCAAGAGGAAUGGGGUCGUAGAUACAAUGUCUCAUUAUUGGACCAGCACAGUGAGUUGAAGAGGUUAGCGGAGGCCAGAGCGCUAUCCGCAGCUGAACGACAAGCAAGAGAAGAACAGCAUAUACUAGAAAGUGUUGCACAAAGCAAAGCUUUGAUGGGUGUUGCUGAAUUGGCUAAAGGUAUUCAAUAUGAGGAACCAAUAAAGACAUCAUGGAGACCACCUCGUUCAAUAUUGGAUAGACCUCCGGAGAAGAAUGAUCAGAUCAGACAGCAGCUUAGGAUAUUAGUAGAAGGAGAAGAUGUUCCACCACCUAUUAGGACGUUCCAACAUAUGAAAUUCCCUAAAGGUAUUUUAAGAGGUCUUGAAGAAAAAGGUAUAAAGAAACCUACACCAAUACAAGUUCAAGGUAUCCCGGCUGUACUCAGCGGAAGAGACAUGAUUGGAAUAGCUUUCACUGGCUCCGGAAAGACUUUAGUUUUCAUCCUGCCUAUAAUAAUGUUGUGUUUGGAACAAGAGAUUAAAAUGCCUUUCAUAAGGAAUGAAGGACCAUAUGGUCUUAUUAUUUGUCCAUCACGUGAACUUGCGAAGCAAACAUUCGAUAUUAUACAACAUUUUGUCAGACAUUUAAAGUUAUGUGGCAACCCUGAAAUACGAAGCUGUUUAGCGAUUGGGGGUGUUGCGGUGUCAGAAUGUAUGGAGGUGGUACAAAGAGGUGUCCACAUCAUGGUGGCAACACCCGGACGAUUAAUGGACAUGUUAGAUAAGAAAAUGGUACGUCUCAAUGUAUGUCGUUAUCUCUGUAUGGAUGAAGCUGAUCGCAUGAUAGACAUGGGAUUUGAAGAAGAUGUUCGAACAAUAUUCUCCUACUUUGCUGGUCAGAGACAGACUUUACUUUUCAGUGCAACAAUGCCUAGGAAGAUACAGAAUUUCGCUAGGUCAGCUUUGGUGAAGCCAGUGACAGUGAAUGUGGGUCGAGCUGGUGCUGCCUCAUUGAAUGUACGCCAGGAACUGGAACCAGUGAAGGCUGAAGCCAGGACUGUACAUCUACUCCAGUGUCUCCAGAAGACACCACCUCCAGUUCUCGUCUUUGCUGAGAGGAAACAAGAUGUGGAUGCUAUUCAUGAGUAUUUAUUACUUAAAGGUGUGGAAGCUGUGGCCAUCCAUGGUGGUAAGGACCAGGAGGAGAGAUCUCGUGCUGUAGAAGCAUUCAGACGAGGAGAGAAAGAUGUAUUGGUUGCUACAGAUGUGGCCAGUAAAGGUCUCGACUUCGCUAACAUCCAGCACGUGAUAAAUUACGAUAUGCCAGAAGAUAUAGAAAACUACGUACAUCGUAUUGGACGUACUGGACGAGCUGCUGGUGAGGGUGUCGCGACUACAUUGCUCGGUCGCGCAGCUGAUGAUAGUGUUCUAAGAGAUCUUGUACAUCUGCUGCGGGAGGCUGGUCAGAAGGUACCUUCAUUCCUGUUGGACAUGAUCGGUGAACCAGACGUGCCUAUAGCUGAUGGGCAAGGCUGUUCAUACUGCGGGGGCCUCGGGCACAGGAUUACAGAAUGUCCCAAACUGGAGGCGGUACAGAACAAGCAAGCUUCAAACAUCGGAAGAAGAGAUUAUCUCGCGAAUACUGCAGCAGAUUAUUAAUAUUACUAUUGUAGUUUUUUCUGCCAGUCCUCUUCCCUGGAGACACUGGGGAGGGGACUAUCACAAAUGUGAAAUAUCCUCAUUAUUGUCCCCUUCUCUGUCCAGUAAUGCAACACUAGUUGUAGAUAAUUAACUUCGCCAUUUUAGCGAAAUGCUAUGAAAAAAUCAAAAGUUGAGUAAACUAUGAGAAAUCUAGGGUUAAUUUUAGAAGAAAAGAUGUCGUUGACACAUUUUAUAUUGAUUAUUUCACUGGAUCAAGGAAAUAUGAAAUAA